AUGGGCUUUGGAUGGAGACUUGCUGAGCUAGUCCCAGCGACCACCAGUGAUGAGAUUAGGGCAGAAAUUCAUGAUGUCCUGGAAGAAUAUAAAGGAGGAGCUGCAAAAUUUAUAGGUAUGCCAGACACAGUGCUGUACUGCUCCCUUCAUGACCCAGUUGCUCCCUGUCCAUCUGGCUACAACACUAACAAGACGGUGUCCCUGUGGGGCAACUCGGGGCGCAUGGAAGUGACAGCUUCCAAGUUCAUGGACAUACAGCGGGCCAUCCAGCCAGAUUGGUUUCAGUGCAUCUCUGAUGGAGAAACCCUUUCUGGGGAAGGUAGUAGAAAAAGGGCCAAGAAGUCUGUGGAUAGGUCACUUUCUUUCCUGGAUGUGUGCCUUCAACUGCUAGAAAAAUCACCGGAACUACAAGGAAGUGUAAUGUUUGGAGCAAUUGAAGGUGGAGAUAUCUUGGAAGAGAGACUCCGAUCAGCCAGGGAGACUGCCAAGAGACCUGUGGGUGGCUUUCUGCUCGAUGGCUUCCAGGGAUGUGCCAUGGCUAAGGAGACCAAGUUGAACCUGAUAGCUUCUGUCACAGCAGAGCUGCCAGAGGGUAAACCAAGAAUCAUCCAUGGUAUAGGCAAACCAGACGAGGUGCUUGAGUGCAUUGAAAGGGGAGUGGACAUUUUUGAGAGCUUCUUUCCCUUCCAAGUGACAGAGAGAGGCUGUGCCUUGGUUUUCAGUUAUGACUGUCAUCCAGAUUCUGAAGCAGCAGUUUUACAACAAAAUGGGGCGCAGGUUCUGGAGAAGGAUGGUGCUGAAGAAGACCAGGAUGAAAUCUUCAAAGCUGACCCAGAAAUGACACCAUUUGAGAUAUUUCUGAAGGACAAAAGAUACCAAGAUGAUUUUGGCCCUUUGCUGGAAGGAUGCACCUGUUACUGUUGCCAGAAGCAUACUCGUGCCUAUGUCCAUCACCUCCUCGUGACCAAUGAGCUGUUGGCUGGUGUCCUGCUCAUGAUGCACAACUUCCAGCACUACUUCAGUUUCUUCAGCGCCAUACGGGAUGCCUUAAGAGACAAUAAACUGGAUCAGCUGAAGAAGCUUGUCUUCAGGCAGGCACUUCAAGGCCCAGCAAAUGCAAAGCCAGGCCAGUGA